CGACGGAUAUGGAAACUCUCUCUUCGAUCGGGCAUGUCGAAAUUGUGUGAGCGUGACUGGCAAUGAUGACGAUGAUGAUGAUCUGAUCACCAGAGCCAGCAAAGAAGCCAUUUUUCUUCGUGUGUCUGCUGCAGAAAAGUGCGGAGUUGAAAAAGUGUCCAAAUUGCGAUUAAUAGUAUUGAAAAAUUGUGCAAAAUAUCGGAAAACGUUAGUUUUCCCGCUGAAGAUCGUAAUGCCGGCGUGGAAAUAGUGAAAAGACAUGUAAUGAUGCUGUAGUGUGCGAUAAGACUUCACAGCAGACAAGUUUUUCUCACCCUUCUUUUUUGCACAAUAAGAGUAUUAUUUCCUUUAGUUUCACGUUGAUUUUGACGGUGUAAGCGUAAGUGAAGUCCAGAUAUCGUGUUUUAAGGAAUCUGCAAAACAGAACUUUCCCUUGAAUCCCAAAAAAGAGGCCAACCGAAUGAGACCACAUUUAUCUGGACACCUAAAAUCACGCACAUACAGCACCAUCGAUACCGAAGCAUAAAAGCAAGCAAAGAAAAAAGAAAAGUAAAAUAGCAAACAUUGUUAAAGCCACGAGUGUAGAGACCCAUACCCGCAGUGCCUCCUAACUCAGCUAAGUAGUGCUAUUUGUGAGCUUGCUCGAGAAAGAGAGAGUGCCUGUGGCCUGACACGGACUAACCCAUCCGUGACGCCGCCGUCGCAAUCGCCAGUCUUGCGUGUUUUCCACACGGCGAGCUUUCCCUUCCGGCGAGCAGACCCCGGACAGGGGAACCGAAAGCAAAAUGACCGAACGGGAGAUUCCGGCUGAGGAUAGCAUCAAAGUGGUGUGCCGUUUCCGGCCCCUGAAUGAUAGCGAGGAACGGGCCGGAUCGAAGUUCGUCGUCAAGUUUCCCUCAGGCCAGGAGGAGAACUGUCUAUCGAUCGGGGGUAAGGUGUACCUGUUUGACAAAGUCUUCAAACCGAACGCCACCCAGGAAAAGGUCUACAAUGAAGCGGCAAAAUCUAUCGUCAGCGACGUGCUGGCCGGCUACAACGGCACAAUCUUCGCCUACGGUCAAACGUCGUCCGGUAAGACGCACACGAUGGAGGGCGUCAUCGGUGAUCCGGGCAAACAGGGCAUCAUUCCACGUAUCGUGAACGACAUUUUCAACCACAUCUACGCCAUGGAAAUGAACUUGGAGUUCCACAUCAAGGUGUCGUACUACGAAAUUUAUAUGGACAAAAUCCGGGAUCUGUUGGACGUCUCGAAGGUGAAUCUGAGCGUGCACGAGGACAAAAAUCGGGUACCGUAUGUGAAAGGUGCCACGGAGCGGUUCGUUUCCAGUCCGGAGGAUGUGUUCGAGGUCAUUGAGGAGGGUAAAUCUAACCGGCAUAUAGCCGUUACGAACAUGAACGAACACUCGUCACGAUCGCAUUCGGUUUUCCUGAUCAAUGUCAAGCAGGAAAAUCUGGAAAACCAGAAGAAAUUGUCCGGCAAGUUGUACCUUGUGGAUUUGGCUGGUUCGGAAAAGGUCUCGAAAACCGGAGCCGAAGGCACGGUUCUGGACGAGGCCAAGAAUAUCAACAAAUCGCUUUCAGCCCUGGGUAAUGUGAUCUCUGCCCUGGCCGAUGGUAACAAAACCCACAUACCUUACCGAGACUCGAAGCUGACUCGUAUCCUGCAAGAAUCACUUGGUGGCAAUGCCCGAACAACAAUUGUGAUCUGUUGUUCACCGGCCAGUUUCAACGAGGCUGAAACCAAAUCCACUCUGGACUUUGGACGACGAGCUAAGACCGUCAAGAAUGUGGUCUGUGUGAACGAGGAACUAACGGCGGAAGAAUGGAAACGUCGAUAUGAGCGAGAGAAGGAAAAGAACGGUCGACUAAAGGGUAAGGUAGAAAAGUUGGAGGCCGAGUUGGCGAGGUGGCGUGCCGGAGAAACGGUUACUGCAGAAGAGCAACUCGAUCUGCAGGACGUUAUGGAGGCUAGCACCCCUAAUGUUGAGGUAUUGCUGGAGAAAGUUCCGGAUCUUCCGGUGCCGGCCACACCAAGUGGCCUGGUUGCUAUGACCGGAUCGAUCAAUCCUGACGUGCGAGAGGCGCUGGAAGUCGAACGAGAGCGAUUGUAUCAGCAGCUGGAUGAGAAGGAUGAAGAAAUCAACCAGCAAUCUCAAUACGUCGAGAAGUUGAAGGAACAGAUGAUGGAUCAGGAAGAACUGAUUGCCAAUACCAGACGGGAUUAUGAAAACCUGCAAUCGGAGAUGACUCGCAUCCAGCAGGAGAACGAGAGUGCUAAGGAAGAAGUGAAGGAGGUUCUGCAGGCUUUGGAAGAGUUGGCGGUAAACUAUGACCAAAAGUCACAGGAGAUCGAAACCAAGAACAAAGAAAUCGACUCGGUUAACGAUGAACUGCUACAGAAACAAGCUUCGCUGAACAGUGCCCAGUCAGAGUUGCAGCAGCUCAAGGACAUGUCUGCACAUCAGAAGAAGCGAAUCAACGAAAUGCUGAGCAAUCUGUUGCGUGAUCUAUCAGAGGUCGGUCAAGCUUUGGUGGCAGACCAGAACGAAAUGAAGCUGAAUGUGGAAGCUUCGGCUGGUAAGCUGGAAGAAGAGUUCACGGUUGCUCGGCUAUUCAUUAGCAAAAUGAAAUCUGAGGCAAAGAAUCUUUCCCAGCGGUGUUCGAACUUGGAAAACCUGCAGCAAGAGCAGAACAAAAAGGUGGCUGAUUACGAGAAGGAUCUCAGCGAGUGUAGGUUGUUGAUUUCCCAGCAUGAGGCUCGUAUGAAGUCACUGCAAGAAUCAAUGAGAGAGGCGGAGAACAAGAAGCGUACACUGGAGGAGAAUGUGGACGCGCUGCGGGAAGAGUGUGCUAAGUUGAAGGCUGCCGAACAGGUUUCGGCCGUGAACGCAGAAGAGAAACAGAAGGCUGACCAGCUGAAGGCUGCAUUCGAAAACCAAAUGGAUACAUUGCGGGAUGCUCACACGAAACAAGUGUCCGCUCUUCGUGAUGAAAUUUCCGAAAAGCAGGAAUUCAUCAACGAAUUGAAGGAUACCAACCAGAAGCUUUCGUUGGCGCAUCAACAGAUGACGGCCGAUUACGAGAAAUUGAAGCAGGAGGAAGCCGAAAAGUCCGCAAAACUCCAAGAACUUAUGCUUACAAACGAACGACGAGAGCAGGCGCGAAAGGAUCUCAAGGGUCUCGAGGAUACUGUCGCCAAAGAACUGCACACUCUCCACGCCCUUCGCAAAUUGUUCGUGCAAGAUUUGCAGGCUCGCAUUAAGAAGUCCAUCAAUUCCGAAGACACCGAGGACGAUGGCGGUUCGUUGGCCCAAAAGCAAAAGAUCUCGUUCCUCGAGAACAACCUAGAACAGCUCACGAAGGUGCAUAAGCAGCUGGUGCGGGAUAAUGCGGAUCUGCGAUGCGAACUGCCCAAACUCGAGAAGCGGCUACGCACUACUAUGGAGCGUGUCAAGGCGCUGGAAACGGCCCUCAAGGAAGCCAAGGAAGGCGCAAUGCGUGACCGCAAACGCUACCAGUACGAAGUGGACCGAAUCAAGGAAGCAGUGCGACAGAAGAAUCUGGCCCGCCGGGGACCACAGGCGCAGAUCGCCAAACCAAUCCGUGCCGGACAAGGACACAUUCUGUUCAAAACUGCAUCAACAGGAAGCACACCAGUGACGCCGAAGGGCGUUACGGACGAAAAGAGGAAAUCUCUCGUUAAAGAGUCUGAAAGUUGAAUCGCUUAAACCAUCCAGCAUGGAAGUACAGCAUGAACCAAUGGAUGGUGUUAAACGACAACCUUAAAACCGGUUUUGGUGGUUCAGCAGGAAGUAAAACUUAAACAACAGCACACCCAAAAAAGGCGAAAAAUAACUACUACCUACCAAUUAAGCACUAAAAUUUUUUGACACUCUGGUAGCUGUCCUUGUGUGUAGACGUUAGGCGGCUACAUCGGGUGAAUUAUGAGGAAAAAUGACUAGGCGAAAGCAUGCAAUUUGACUUUGAGAAACAAACAAAGGAAAAACAAUUUAAUUGGAAAAAAGUAUUGAAAAUUUUAUACAAUCGAAUCAACCGAUGGGCAGGCGAAGCUAAAUUGUGCAAAGACAAAAUGUAUUUCUUUAGUAACAAAUUUAUUAUUAUCAUUGGCUAACUGUGCUCUUCAUCGUUUAAAGAACAAUUAAAAAAUGAAAAAAUCUAAAUGUUGAAGCACCAUAAAUAUUUAUAGUUGUGACUGGGAAUGCGAAUGCAGCAAAUGCAGAGCUAUUAAAUUUUUGUUUUUUUUUCAUAUAUUUUCCUUGCAUAAAAGGGCACAAAAGUAAAAGAAACAUUUUUGUGGCUUUCAAAAAAGUGAACUGUAACAAAGAAAUAACGGAACUUGAGAAUGAAUUCUGUGCAAAUUAGAAGUUCGAUGCUGUACGAAAAAGAACGCAUGAAAUGUCUUCUAAAAAAACUUGACUUACGUUCGUUGAGAUUGCUUGCUUUCAGUGUAAACAUAGUACUAUUGAAAUCAAAACCAGUAAAAACAAAAACUUAAAGUUACACCUAAUUCUGCAGAGGCAACAACAACAUAAACUGCUAAAAACAUCUUCGCUUCAGGACUCAGAUUUCCAUCAUAAUACAUUCGCGUUCAUCAUAAAGUAGGGUGACGUUAAAAAUCUGCUAUUUAUUAAAUUAUUGCUUAUUUUAAAUAAACAAAACACCAUAGCCAAAUGGACUACAAUAACAACAAAUACUUGAAGCCUAUAUGAAUACCUUUAAUAAAAACGGAGCAUAGCCGAUACGAUACAGUGAGACCAAUGAGAAUAGCAACUUUGGCAAACAACAUCGCCCCAACCUCCAAUUAUAAAGUGCAUCAUCAUCAUCGGUUUUUCGAUUCUAUAAGUUGUUUUCAGAAUUAGAUAUCUGCAUUAUUUUAGGAUUCAGGGGCUUUCGGGAACCGUGUGAUCGUUUUUUUUUCUUUGAGUUUUAUCUAUUUCGUCUCUUAGCUAUCAUCUAAAUAGUUUGAAAUUUAUCAAAUUUUUGUUCCUUUUUUCAGUAAGUUAAUUAUGCAGCGCACCCAUAUAGAUACCAACAAGUUAUAGGUUUUGGAAACAUAUUACCCGAAACUCACAUUCGCAAUUGCAAAUUUUUUGUCCCCCCCCCCUUAUCAUACAUUCAUUUGACUUAAGCUUUAAAAAAUAUAGAUAUUAUAUUUUAUGAAAAGUUACGUGCAGUGAUAGUAAUAAAGGCUAAAUAAAAACACAACUGGUUAAACAUAUGAAAAAAAAGCAGAGAAACAAAAACAAAUCGAAAACAAGCAAGCUUAAAACACUAAAACGCUUUGCCUAUCGUGGAUGCGCAAGACGCCUAGAGCUAAACAAAAAAAAUUAAACUACCUAUUUAGAUUAUCUCAUCGUUGCAAUAUAGUAGAAUGCUGAAAAGGAUUAAGUAUCUAAAACCGCGAAUAAGACUCCAAACAAUUAUCAUCUUUUCUGCGCCACCACCGCCCCGCCGAGAAACAUGGCUUGAAGAUGGCGAAAAUUAAUUAUUAGAAAACAAUCCCAGCUCCCAGCAGAUGAUGGUAUUUCAACAGAGAGAAUGAAGCAGUGCGAUGCUACCACCUGGAGUCGCAGUUGGGUAUAGCGGCUAUUACAAUAUAGAGACUCUUUAAAUUGAGCUGCAAAUAAAGGAUGAAAAGUGAGAAAAAUUGGAUAGCUUGGAAAUUAGUA